CGGAUCACAGACAUUAAAGUGACUUAUGUAAUAUCAUGGUGGUCGUGUAGGUCCACCUUUGUCGUUCUAGGAUUUGAAGGAACUGACGGUCUUUUUGAAAAUGUCUUUCAGCAGAGUAAUUUCCCGGUCAUUCUCCUCCACCUCUGCUCUGCUGGAGCAGAUGGUCAAGCCACCCAUCCAAGUAUUUGGAAUGGAUGGUCGCUAUGCCAUGGCCCUUUAUUCAGCUGCUACUAAACAAAAGACAUUGAGCAACGUAGAAAAAGAUCUUGUUAAGAUACAAGAUGUUUUGAAGACAGAUGAGAAGUUAAAUGAAUUUAUGAAGAAUCCAGCGAUCAAGCGAAAAGAAAAAGCAGAAGCUCUUAAAGCUAUCAGCAGUAAAAUGAGCUUGAGCAAAGAAACUGCCAAUUUGUUGAGUCUGCUUGCAGAAAAUGGUAGACUUGGAAAUGUAAAUACUAUAAUCAACACAUUUAAAUUAUUGAUGUCUGCUAGCCGUGGUGAGGUUGUUUGUGAAGUGGUAACAGCGAAACCGCUUGAUGCAGAUAUGAAAUCUAAGCUUGAGGCUGCACUGAAAAAAUUCUUGAAACAAGGUCAAACUCUUUCGAUAAUCACAAAAACUGAUCCUAGUAUCAUUGGUGGAAUGGUUGUUUCGGUAGGUGAUAAAUACGUAGACAUGAGCGUAUCUGCUAAAGUUAAAAAGUACAGUGAUCUCAUUUCUCAGGCAGUGUAAUCAUUUUUAUUUUAUAAGUAACAUGAGAAAGGUUCAAGUACUCAUUUAGGCAAUUACGAGUAAAAUGUACAUCGUUAAACAAUAAAUUAUCGAAAUCGAAUUCUUGUUAGACUGUGUAUAUCUCAUUCCAUAAAACCAUUCUGUACAUCAACUACCCUUAGUUAUAUUUUGUAAAAGCGGGUAAUAAAAACGAAUAAUGAAA